AUGUCGUGGUUUAGUAGCCGUCGCGCCAAGCCAGCCAAAGAGAGCGCGUUCAAUACCGACGACAAACCACAAAAUGCUUUUGGAGGAUUCGGCGCCGUGGCGCACUUUGACGACGGUCCCUUGCGAGACCCUCGGAUGGCCAACGACUUUCUCGAAAGGGGAACGAAAAACGAAAAUAUUCAUACGCAUUCGGACACCAGUAGCGACGGUGACGACGCUGGUUCCGAGGCAGAGUCGGGUUCUCUCAGCGACGAUUCCUUCGUAGGAGGUCCGCUCAUGUACGAGUCAACGUGUUCCGACGAUUCUAUUACUGUAGACACUGCCGAUCCAGAUUCUCAGGAUUGGAAUCUACGAAAAGCCAAUAACUUUCUGCAGGAUUUUUACGACAAGGAGGACCUGGAACGGGUGUCGCAAGAACAGCACCGUUUAAGGUCGACUGACGACGAGAACGAUGCAGAAUCGGCAUCGUCUUCCGACCAGUCUUCGGAAGAAGGCGAGUCCGAUUCGGAAACGCUAGAAAAAUCCCACUCUCCUCUGUAUAAAACAUGUAAAGAUGCCGAUAUUUGUCACGAAGACCAGGAUCUGGGUACGGCCAAAAUAGACACUGCUACUACCUUAUCAAGCCACGAUGCAAAAAAAUUUCCGAUAGCCCCGGAAAUCUUUGACGAGGGAUAUGGCGCGGAGCAUGAUGGCUAUGAUGUUGCUCCCAACGAGUCCCAGAUACAUGAAUGUUCUGAAACAGAGACGAGUUCGCAGCAUGUAGUUGUCCACGAUUUUUCUACAGCAAGCGCCUUGAGACCGGCUGUAGCUGAAGCAAGGUCAACCCAACGAAGUUGUGAAGCCAUUUCCAUGAAGAACCUAAGACGAGCCAGGUUAAUGGAUGCUUCUACAGGACAAAUGCAUGAGUAUUGGUCCCGCACGAAAAGGCAUAAAGACCAAUGA